UAGCCUUAGGCGUUGCGCAAUGGUUGGCCCGGUCGGAGUUCAACGUGAAGGCAGCGGUGAUGUUUUACGCAUCCGUAAGAUAUACAUUCGUUACCGGUUUGUUAGAUGCCUGAGUGGUUUUUUUUCUUGACUUAUCCACAGGUCGAUCUGCGGCUGUCACCGUGGAGAAAGCUGAAGCCGGCCAAAUAUCUAGAUAAGGAUCCUUUAACUUUUGUUUUGCCCUUGAUGGACGCAUAUGCCGGUUCGGAGCGAGAGAAGUAUCGGGAGAGCCCAAUACUACAUCCCAUUCCGGCUGAUAUCGAGUCACUGCCACGGAAUAUGCUGUUUAUCACACGAGUUUGGACUAGUGGACAUGUACCGCGAUCAAGGCUACCCGAAUCCGAGGCAUAUCGAGGAUAAUCCCGGAGAGUUAGAAGGUCAUGCUGGUAGAACUAUCAAAAGUGCAUCAGAUACAUUCAAAGUUGGUGAUAAACUUGAGUUAAAUCGCCGCGAAAGGGAUACUAUAAGGAAAGUUCCGCUUCCUGAUGAUAUACAGAAACUCCACUUUCUA